UAACUAGAAAAUUUAAAAUAUAGAUAUAUUUCCUGAAAUUUCUAUAUAUUUUAUAAGGGCAAAACUUAUAAAUUAUAUAAAGUAAAAUAUAUAAAAAGACUACGUGGAAUAAAGCUCUAGUAGUCUUAUUAAGAUACUUUAUUAGUAAUGCUAAUUUAUUCCUUAGUGGUCGUUGUGCUAGAUAUAUGCAAAGUAUCGCAGUUUGUAUGGGGGAUUCGGUGGUACGUUGAGCUAGGCGGCAUGGCUGGCCACUUUCGAUGGCAGGUUUCCUACCAUGGAGAGGAUGCUCUACGGGUUCUGCCGAGACCUACCCGUCUGGGCGAUAUGGAGGCCUAUAGAACCCCGGUUGCGCAUCUGGAGUAGUCUCAAGCCAGAGCUGCGGUUAGCCUUGCGAGACAUUCUUGACUUGGAAGGCCCCGAUUUCGAGUGUCGAAGAUAUGGUACUCUAAGGCACGGGCUAUUGGCUGUCCACGACUAUACGGGAGAGCCGUUUCGCAUGCGCCACAUGCAGGUGAUCCCCGAACCCUCCUUGGAAAUGGGCACGUACGGACUUUUGGAGCGAUUGUUCACUACUCUGGAUAGGAUUUGUUCGGUGUCGCCUGAGUGUCUGGAGUUGAUGGCAUACAUCUGCAUACAAGACCGCCUCAACGGUACGGCUCUGGAUAUUUUGGAUCAUGUCCGCCAAUCCAGAGACUCGUCCUUGGCUAGUUUUGUGUUGGGUAUGCUUACCGCACCGUCGGAGAAUGCGAGAAUGGGAAGUGUGAUGCGCCUCAUUCCACUUCUAGCACCCAAUGACGGAGGCGGCAAUGACCCGAACCAGUUUUUGAGAACCCAUUUUUCAUCGCGCAUAACCACGAUCAUCGAGAAAACUUUAGCAAAAAUGCAAAACACGUUCUGUGAACAGCUCCAGAGGGGCCGAUCAGCUGACGGUCCUGGGAUGAAAUUACACGCCUUUGGAGUGGGCCUGAAGCAGAGUCCUUGGACAGUGUCACUAUUGGAUGAGCGUUGGCAAGCGUUACUUACCCAGUGGCCGUCGAAAGAAAAUAUCAGCGCCGCCUUUAGUCUGCGAAUCGAUGUUGCCAAUGGUGCUCGAAGAAAUCAUUCCACUCUAAUUGAAACGAUUGACAGAUAUUGCAUCUUGCAUCUUGCAGGUCACGUUGACCCAAGCAACCUCCAGGACAAUCUGACCGAAGGAUUGAUUCAACUGUGGAGGCUUCCUCCGGAUUCCGAACGCCGAGCGCUGGGUUUGGCUGUGGCUGAACGAUUGAACAUCCCGAGUUCGAUCCGACAUUCUUGCAUACUACGAAUAUGCAAGACUAACGAAGACUCCAUCGAUGCCGUGGGAAAAGUGCUUAGAGAGGACACGGAUAUGUCCUGCGUUAAUUUCGCGCGGUUGCUGACGCGCAGAAACUUCCAGCGAGCGGGGAAUUUUGUAUGCUGGCGAGACUUUCUUCUUUGCAUGAUCCAGGAACGCAACGACACCAUUCUCGACAGUACCGUGACUCAGCUCCCACUCCAGUCAUGGUUCGAGUGGCUCGAAAAUCUCCGGACGAUAUUCGAUGUGGAUGGCGAGGAGGCGAUUGAGGGGGUGAAAAUGCUUGAUAAAAACCUCAACCGCUGGUCACGGCGACUGCGCAGAAGCUACAUGCCUGUUCUUGUGGAUAUGAGCACGAAUAUGGACUCCCGACCCCAGAUGCGGGAGAUCUUGCUGGGCUGGAAUAAUGAAAAUAUCAACAUUUCGAUACUCGAGCGGAAGAAACGCGGUGAGUAAACUUCAAAAGUGCCACCUUUUCACCAUUGCUGACUCUCCCAAGCACUAGAAACUCGCCCAAAUGAGGCCAUUCCAGCAUGAAUGAUUGCGGAUCAUGGAUA